UGGUUUACAGGCGGGUGAGGAAGAGCAGGCACGGCGCCGCUCAACCCGGGACGACACAAACGAGCGACGGGCCAUCUGAUACGGCGAGUGAGCCAACGGAGAUUGCUGGGGAAUGGCGGUCCCUCAACUUCGAAAUCGUUCCUUCUGCGUCGGGAGGCGACGAUGAAUUUGAUAUGAUCACGUACAGCGAUGAUGAUGUUACCGACCACUUCAAUGGCACGGCUACCUGCGGGACUGUCGAGCCACCCGUAAUGGGGUCUGUUCCGGACCCUUUCUUUCAGAACUCGUACGCCGAUCAGAUGAUAUCAUCAGCGAAUCCGGACGAUGGAACGGCGGAGACAGAUUUCAUCGACGAAGUUCGAGAUGGGUGUGAUGCUGAGGGUGGGAACUGCCAUCCGGUGUCGUCCCUCCACAGACGAGCGGUGGUGUCCGGCAAAGGGAGAGACUGCCCCAUUGCCGUGAUUGCGGAUUACAAAUUUUAUAGCACUUUUGGAGACGAUUCGGAAAUGGCCGUCCUAUCGCUCUUCAACGAAGUUGACAGUAUUUACUCCCAGACCGUUAACGUCCGUACGCCCGUGAGCUAUAUCUACGUAGUGAAGAACGUAACGGAUGCAUCUGGAUUCGGAAAGCCCGCUGCCGAUGCCGAGUCAUUGCUUAGUCAGCUGGCUACGGCAGUUGCAGGUCGUAAAAUACCGAAGCUACCGACCAACGUAUGCUUGACCCAUCUUUUGACUGUACAAGACUUCAAUCCGACAUUGGGCCUAGCAUAUGUAGGCAAGCAGGGGAUGGCCGGUGGCAUUUGUUCAGGCGGCGGCUACAACACUGGCAUCUCAACGCCCAUGUACGGAACCAAGCUCAUCGCUCGCUCAACUUACAUCACGACGGUGACGCACGAACUCGGCCACGGGAUGGGAUCAGCUCACGAUACGCAGCACCCUACGCCUCCGGGAAACCCAGCGAGUUGCAACCCUGCACAGCCCUACAUCAUGUAUCCUUCGGCUUCCACUUCCACCAACUGGAGGACGUUCUCCAAUUGCUCACUGUACAGUAUCGGGGCAGCACUGAACUCUAUUGCUAGUUGCUUCAUAACCCGUAAUUCAUUAAAGGGCCUUGCUGAGAAUAGUACCGCGGAUGUAUGGUACACAGAGAAGAUCAAGUCCCGUACGUUUCAGAUGAAGACCAGUGUAAAGUUGCAACGGGCCUGGCGAACACGCCCUCCGGGGGAUACUCUGAUUGUCCUUUGGCCAUGCCCACCUCCUACGCGUGCAAUCUUGUCUGCGUGAAUCCUUCGAACCCCACUCGGUGUCUUGUGUUCCCUGACGCCCAAGGCAGGCUUCGGAACAAGACGGACGGAAGUUUAUGCGGGGCCUUCAACGACCAAACGCAGGUGU